UCUACCGUAUAAACGGUUCUGGAUUUGCACCUGGUAGAUUUUAUUUCACAAGUUUCACUGCAAAGAGUGCACUACGUUUCAGGAUAAUGGCUGUGGCCAUCAAGAAGACGUUCGGCUCCUAUUUGGAAACAGUGGACAGUGGGCCAGUGAAGAAGUUGCGACUGCAGACAUUUGUCGCGGAUGCAAAGACUAGUAAAGGUGGAAAAACUGCGAUUGCAGAUCGGAAGCUGCAGGCUCUGUCUCAGCUAGACGCAUACAUGGGCAAUGCGCCGCCUGCGACAGGCCUUGCUCUGCGCCCUGGAGCGCAGCCGCCGCCGCCAGUCGCAGCGACGUCGGCCUGUAGCAAUGCACCCGCUCCAAGCGCUACCUCCAAUGUGGCGGUCACAAACAGCAGAGAACUGCUGGACAUCUUAGUAAAGAUAACCGACGAGAUAUCCUACCAGGACGUGGAUCUGUCAGAACUAAAGGAGGCCGCUGCCAAGAUAAUGCAGCUAUAUCAGCUGCAGGAGCGCGACAGCGACACCUCAAUUCGGGUGAAGCUGCUGGAGCUACUGUCGGGGCUGGGUUGUGAAGGCGCCACCGAGCAAGCGGUUACCCUCAUCAUCGACCACUUCAUUUACCUGCUUCGCAGGGAAAGCUCCCAAAAGGUGUUGGCCCAGGGCAUGAUGUGCCUGUACAGAAUCGGCCAGAGGCGCAAGAGCAUGGUCCCCACGGCUUACAACACCCAGGUGGCGCAUUUGGCCAAGGAGCAGUUGCGCUCGGGCUCCACGCACACGCAAAAGAACGCCAUGCUGGUCAUUGGUCGGUUCGCCACGAAAAUGGAGGGCGAACGCCACUAUGUAUGGAAAUUGGCUUUUUAUAUCGAUUCGCAAGACUCGGGAGUGCGCGCCCAGGCCCUGCACGCCCUGUUGUCCCUCGGUGAGCGCGGUUCGCAGCUGCCGGCCGUGCUCUACAAGCGCGCCGUCGAGGCAAUGAAGGAUGACUACGAGUGCGUGCGAAAGGAGGCUCUGCGGCUGGUCUUCAUGCUGGGGAACCGGCAUCCAGACUACAUAAUCCCCUCAGAUCGGCAGCAAGAGGACCUGCGCAUGAUAGACGCCGCAUUCAGCAAGGUGUGCGAGGCCUUGUGCGAUCUUUCGCUGCAGAUCCGGGUGCUGGCAGCCGAGCUACUGGGCGGCAUGACCGCCGUCAGCAGGGAGUUUCUGCACCAAACGCUCGACAAGAAACUAAUGAGCAACCUGCGAAGGAAGCGCACGGCGCACGAGAGAGGCGCCCGUCUGGUGACCAGUGGCGAGUGGUCCUCGGGCAAGCGAUGGGCGGACGACGCCCCGCAAGAACACUUGGACGCCAGGAGCAUCUCCAUUAUUGCAAGCGGAGCCUGUGGCGCCCUAAUUCACGGCCUCGAGGAUGAGUUUCUGGAAGUGCGGACUGCAGCCGUGACCUCCAUGUGCAAGCUGGCUCUGUCGCGGCCGGACUUUGCAGUAACCAGCCUGGACUUCCUCGUAGAUAUGUUCAACGACGAAAUCGAGGACGUGCGCCUGAAAGCCAUCUACAGCCUGACGGCCAUUGCCAGGCACAUAGUGCUAAGGGAGGAUCAGCUGGAAAUAAUGCUAAGCUCGCUAGAGGACUACUCAGUAGACGUCCGUGAGGGGCUGCAUCUGAUGCUUGGCGCCUGCCGUGUUUCCACCCAAACUUGCCUUUUGAUGGUUGUGCAGAAGCUGCUAGACGUGCUUGCCAAGUAUCCGCAGGACCGACACUCUACGUAUGCUUGCAUGCGCAAAAUUGGGCAAAAGCAUCCGCACUUGGUCAUGGCAGUGGCCGUGCAUCUGCUGUACGUGCAUCCGUUUUUCGAGACGCCGGAGCGCGACGUGGAGGACCCAGCUUACCUGUGCGUCCUCAUUCUGGUCUUCAAUGCGGCGGAGCACCUAGUGCCCAUCAUUAGUCUUCUGCCUACGGCCACACACCGCCACUAUGCGUACCUGCGCGACUCCAUGCCGCAUCUGGUGCCCCAGUUGCCUAUCGAGGGUGCCUCAUCGGCAAGUGCCACACACAGGAUCGACUUGGCCAUGCGCCAGGCAGGCAGCUCGGCGGAGUACCUUCAAAUGAUUCUUAGCCACAUCGAGGAGAUCUUUAUGAUGACCGAUGAGCGCGUAGAACUGCUGAAGACCGCCCAGUUCAAUCUGCAGCGCCUUGGAGCCAUCGAUGCUGACAUGUACGGCACCUCGAAUUUCCUGGAGACAUUUUUGGCCGCCCAAAUCCAAAUCGAGCAGAUGCAGCGCUGCGCUAGCACGCAACGAAGCCGAAUUCCACUAAAGGAAUCCCUUGCGGCGCUCAUCCGGAACUGUCUUAAGUUGCAGCACACAUUCUCUGGUCUCAAUUAUGGCGACAUACUGCAGGUGAAGCAGCUAAGGUUGCGGGCGAGCGCCCUCCACCUGGUCCUGGUCGUCAGAGAUCGAUCGCAAAGUGCCUUGGGUCCCUGCCAGAUGCUGCUGCAAACUGCCAGCGACAUCGGCGAGUUUAUUAAUGCGAAUUCGAAAGACGAGGAGGAGCUGUCGUUGGGAGUGCCAAUACCCUUGACGGAGGGCGAGAAAUUAGAGACAGAGGCGUCUAAGCGGGAUGCCCUACCGGACUGCUUCACGCUCCAGUUGCUAAGCAAGCUUGAUGCGAUAUCGGAUCCCAAGCCCGGUCGCGUCUUCCGCGAAAUCCUGCCGUUGGUCCAACAAGCGCCUCCCUUGGCAUUGCCGCCUGCCAAUGAGAACAUCCGCCGCUGUGUGGCCAACAUCCUGGAACCGUGUCCGCUUCAGUCGCAGGAUAAUGUGAUCAAGGUAACGGCGGGCCUGAUAGCGGCAGUGCCCUUUGUGGCAGAGAUCGAUAACCUGCUGGAGUCUCAGAAGGCGGAUAUGCGGAUCAAGAUUAAGUAUCCCGAUCAACACAUACACACGGUGGUGCCAAAGAGGAGUGACUUUAAGCCCAUAAUGACGGAGCAGGGCGAGCACGAGACGAACGUGCGCCUGCGAACAACCAUUCUGCUCUCGCACAGCGUUUGGACGGAAGCCUCGCUAGUAGAGAUCCAGCUCUGCCUGGCCGUUCGUCCCGGUAGUGAACUCGAGCUGUGCAAGCCAGCCAAGGUCCUGUUUGCCCCAAAGCCCGUCAGACGAGGUAUUUAGCCUGACGACGAGACGUUUGAGACCACGGUCCCAGAUGCGGACGGUGAAGCCAACGAUACCGAUCGGUGCGACGGGAACGGCAUCGCGAGUGGACGACAACGGCGGCGCAAGAGCGGCGUGAGGAGCUGACAAGGACACUCAGCCGUUGGGGAAAUGGCUCCCAAUGGAUGAGCACCACCACCAUAUACUAUUUUCUACUUUGAAAAACAUAAAAUUGUGUGCAAAAAGCAGCGAUCUUUAUUAAUAAUUUAGUGGUAUAAUUACACAUUACAGAAACUGCGAUUAUUACUUAAACCUGCAACCUGGUUUAUCAUUUCACCUU